UCUGCCUCCCUCCUUCGAUGCUCUUAUAGUUUUGUGCCCUACGUUCUCUCCCGUCUCUCACCUAACUGGGUAAUUGAUGGAACGGAGAAAGGAGACUUUCAUGCAAUGAAGUAGUAUUUUUCAUCAGACGAGGUGCAAUCAGGAGAAUUCUCUUGCGACAUCAGACAGUGGAGCCUCAGCAGCGAGGAGGGGAGGGAAGAUUCUGUUUCAGGUAAUUGAGUCGCGACAGAUGGGCACGACGACUGGUUGCCGACGCGCCUGACACCGAAAAAGAGGGAUUAUUUUAUAGACUGACCACUCCUUGCUUGUCAAUUCUACCUGGCGGAUUGUCUCAAGAAUCAUGAAUAUGUCACCCCACGACCUGAGGAAAAAUAUACGAGAGCUGGCAUUAGAGAUUGGUGUACGAGUUCUUCUUUUCGGAGUUUUUGUAUUCACAGAGUUCCUGGAGCCCUUUGAGAGAGUGAUCCAGCCAGAGGAGCUGUGGCUCUACAAAAAUCCCUUGGUGGAGUCGGACCAUAUCCCCAAGAGGGUCAUGUCCGCGAUUUCAUUUCUCACUCCGUUGGCUGUGAUAUUUGUGGUGAAGAUCAUUCAGCGGACAGAUAAGACAGAAAUCAAGGAGGCGUGUCUAGCUGUCUCACUUGCUCUGGCUUUGAAUGGAGUCUUCACAAACACUAUCAAGUUGAUAGUUGGCAGGCCCAGGCCAGACUACUAUCAGCGCUGUUUCCCAGAUGGACAGGUGAAUAUUAAGAUGCUGUGCACCGGAGAACCAGACCUAGUGUCAGAGGGACGCAAGAGUUUCCCCAGCAGCCACUCCUCCUUUGCGUUCUCUGGCUUGGGCUUCACCUCCUUCUAUCUGGCUGGGAAGCUGCAGUGCUUCACAGACGGGGGCCGCGGGUGCAGCUGGCGUCUGUGUGCCAUGUUGCUGCCUCUCUACAGCGCUUUGAUGAUCGCCCUGUCCCGCACCUGCGACUACAAACACCACUGGCAAGAUGCCUUUGUUGGAGGGGUGAUCGGCCUGAUUUUUGCCUACAUCUGCUACCGACAGCACUACCCUCCGUUCCUGCACAUGCACUGCCACCUGCCUUAUGCCAGUCUGGACAAAGCCCCCCACCUCGAUUCUGCCCAGGGCGAUCCUCGGGUCCUGCCCACUGAGAACGCCACCAGCCUGCCUCUGAAGGGAAUGACGGAGGGGCCUGUAUGACUCUUGCCCACCCCUACCUCCAGACACAGUCUCUAACCCCACCCUCACCCCAGGACCACCCAACCCGCUCCCCCUCUCACUAACUGUAGAUGACUAGCUUGCACAUACAUAUACCAGUGGACAGUGCUGUACCCCUCCCUCCCCCUCUCAGUCUUUCUCCCUGUCUCUCACCUCCCUACAUCCUCACCCUUUGUUUGUUUUGCCUGCCGGAAUCAGCACCCUUUCAGUGGUCUUUAUUUAGAGAGGCUGUGUAUGUAUGGCAUCUGGGAAUAUAGGACAACACUGCUGGAGCAAAAAGGCAAAGCCCUAACCCAACAUUAAACUGCUAGGAUGUUCAUUACAAGUUGUUGCUCAACAUUUUAUUUACUGCUCACUUUAGUAGAAUGGAGUUAGCUGGUAUAGCGGUUGGUAUCAAUUUGAUGUAGAGUUGGAUGGAAAGCAGAGCGCCUGGUGGUAAAAUCCCAUUAAAUGUCACAGCUCCCCAAUUUGAUUUAUUAGAUAUCUAAUCGCUUUGUCAGUGAUGGAAUUCACACUACAAAAUCUGAUAGCUCAAACAUUUCUAAUGUUGAGAGAACACAUCAACUAUAAUGGCCAGAUGUAUGGUCACUAAUGUUGUCCAAACUGUAUUCUAUUAUUAUUCAAUUAGCCUUGGUCUUACACCCACGGACGUUUUUUUUGCAUUGUUCACAUCUCUCCUACUGCUGGUUUUCCAUGGA